AAAAAAUCGGAAAUGUCGCUCUGGGAGGGGGAAAUAGCAACGCGCUACACUUUUACGCUACGAGCUACGCGGUCCCCUCACAUCAAGCUCGCACAAGCCAUGCGUCUAUUUGAAAAACGAGAGACACAAGUGUGUCAUGUUUACCUUCAGAAUAUUUGCAUCCCCUCAACUUCGUAUGGCUUUCUCAUGUACACUCACAGCCUGGGUGGAGUGGAUUUAUGACCAACCUAAUGACAAACUCAGCAGAAUGUCAAACAACAUACAUUAUGGCAGUACCAUUUAUUAAUUUGGAUCCCAGCAAUAUGUCAACCAUCUACACAGCAUUGCUUUUUGCAGCUGACCAAAGUAAGAAACAAAAUCAAACCUGUAUUGUUACAUUUGAUCAGCCUCUUUUCUUAAAAGCUAUGGAUAUAGUAGGUGCCUCUGAUAAAGACAGUAAAAUAUCGAAAACUGUUGUCCGUUUGGGAGGAUUUCAUUUACUGAUGUCUUAUAUGGGAGCUAUUGGGAAGAUUAUGGAAGGAAGUGGUCUAGAAGAUCUCUGGGGCACAGUGUAUGGAAAAGCUACAGUAAGUCAUAUGAUGAAUGGGCAUGCUUAUGACAGAUGUCUUCGAGCAUUUACACUAACAGUAGCAGCUCUAAUGAACAUUGCUAGAGAGCAGUUUCCUGAUAUCCAACACUGUUUUGAUGAAGUUGAUGAAGUAUGUAAAAAAAAUAUUUCAGAAGAAAUGUCAACAAAACAUACAUUAGAGAACCCCUUGCUAUUAGAAAAACUCAAUCAAUUGGAUGAAUGUAUGAAAACCAUUGAAAAGACAAGCAGGACAGCUAAGUUGUGGCUGCAGCUUUUUCACACUAUAGAUUUAGCUCUUAAUUUUGUGUAUGCUGAGAGGACAGGAGAUUGGAUUAUGCAUUUAAAAUGCACAACAGAUAUGCUUCCAUAUUUCCAUGCAUCAGGCCACUUGCCUUAUGCAAAGUCUGCACAUAUUUAUGCCCAAGAAAUGACCAAAAUAACUGAAAAACUCUCUGAAAAAGAAUUAGAUCUUUUCAUCAACAAGGGAUAUUUUACUGUGAAAAGAACAACAAGAUACUGGUCAGGAACAUGGACAGACAUGUGCAUAGAGCAAUGUCUGAUGAGGCCAAUGAAAUCUGUAGGAGGACUCACUCAUGGAAGGGGAAUGAAUGAAAGUACUGUGAAUAAAUGGAUUCUUGGGACACCAUACUUCAUAAAGAUUAAUGAAGCAUUAGAGGAGUUCUUAGACAUUUCUAUUACCUACAGUGAACAACAUGUUGAGCUGAGAAAGUCAAGAAAACUCAGAGACCAAGCUGAUAUUGAUAAGUUCACCACAUGGUUCAGACAACACAAUCCAUUAAAUAAGGAAUCUGGAGAGCUAGUUUCAUUAUCAUCUGGUUUCAUCAGUGAUGAGUCAGUCAACUGUGACCAAGCCUAUGACAUAGGUUGUGCUGCUAUGAAGACAAUGGUAGGAAAAUCAUUUGGGAAACUGACAUUAAAAAGAAAGGACAUGGUUAAGACCCAACUAGCACACAAAUUAGUUAAAGUCAGAUCCAAAGAAAUACCAGUCAACUCUCAACAGCUCUUCAAUAGAAUACUCUGUGUGUGUGAUAGCUCUCAAAAAUUGAAAUUGUAUCUUGAAUAUGAACUGUCUUCACAUCCACCAUCUCUCUUCGACAAUGUUUCACUAAGAAAAGGAACUAAAUCAUCUAUCCUGAAAGUGUUUCAAGAUGCUGUAAUAGAGGAAGAAGAAAUUGAUCAAACAAAUUUAUGUGUGAUUAUUGAUGGAGGAUUUCUCCUUCAUUAUGUUCCCUGGCCACAAGACUCCACUUAUGGAAAUAUCAUACACAUUUAUCGAAAAUAUGUUGUAGAAAACUUUGGAGAAAAUGUAACGGUUGUAUUUGAUGGCUAUCCAGAAGACUGUACAACUAAACAAGAAGAGCAGAAUAGAAGAGCAGCAAAAAAAUCCUCAAAUGACAUAGAUUUUGAUAGGAACACAAAAUGCUCAACAUCAAAGGAAGAAUUUUUAGGCAACAGAAGAAACAAGAAGAAGCUUAUAUUUUCAGUUUCUGAAGAGCUUAUAAGUUCAAAUAUCAAUACAAUUGUUGCAAAAGACGAUGCUGAUAUUUCCAUUGUGACGACUGGAAUAGAGGAGCUGAAGAGACACAAAACUGUUAUGUUGUAUGGUACAGACACUGAUUUCUUGAUACUGUUGAUAGCUCUUGCCCCUGAGAAUCAAGGUAUCUACUUCUGCAAACAGAUAACAGAUUGCAUGGAAAAGUGUUCUACAGCAUUUCAAAGAUAAUAGAUAAGGUGAAAAAUACAAGGAAGCUUUUACUGUUUGCUUAUGCAAUAACAGGCUGUGAUACAACUUCUUCUUUUUUCGGCCUUGGAAAAAUAAAAUCUUUAGAAAUUGUUCAAAAAUCAGAAGAAGCUCAAAGACAAGCAUCAGUGUUCAUUUGUGAAAAUUCAUCUAAAGAAGAACUGAAAAGAAAUGGUGAAGAUUUUAUUCUGAAUUUGUAUGGCCAGAAAAAGCACACAAGCCUCAAUGAAGCACGUUACUUCAUGUUUACAAAACUAUCAAGAAAAUCAAAACUCAGAUCUAAUUUUGAUCUUGCUAAGCUUCCUCCAACGUCUGAAGCUGCACAUCAACAUAUAUUUAGAGUGUAUUUGCAAGUGCAGACAUGGCUUGGAAAUAGAAUGGAUGCUACAGAUUGGGGCUGGAAGAUGGAAAUGGUGAAGAAAAAUGGUGAUCACAAGAAAAGUUUAAAACCGGUACAAAGCACCAAACCCUUUGCACCUGAUGACCUUCUGCACCUUGUGUCUUGUAGCUGUAAAACAUCAUGUCUUAAAUAUUGUGGGUGUCGGAAAGUGGGACUUGAUUGCUCUGCCAUGUGUGAGCACUGUGAUGGUCUUUCUUGCGAAAAUAGUCCUAAUAUUGAUGAAAUUAUUGAUCACGAGAUUGAAUUGGAUUGUCAAGAACAGUAAAAGAAGGAAGAGAAGAAGAAGAAGAAGAAGAAGAAGA